GUGGUUCAGACGGUUCAGUGUUCUCAAAUCACAACCAACGUCAGUCGGUGGCCGCCAGUAAACAUUCAAAAUGGCGCAAUAAACAAAAGGACAGGUCCCUGUUUGUUCGUCCGUGGUUUUUUUUUUGUCCGCUCACGAAUCUAGAGAGAAACUCGUCCCAUCUAUAAUUUAUAUUUACCAUAAUUUGUUCUGUUGGCCGUCGCCUGCCAAUUGUCGAAAUUGCAAGGUGGUGUUCGUUGACCUGACCUGAAGUUUUCGUAUUGGCAAACGCAAAGUUCAAAUUAAAAAUAAAUAACAUGUUAGAAUCGUAGUACCUAGUUGUAGUUCCUAUAUUGUAGUACUUCGAUUUCAAAAUGAUACAGCGGUUUUGUUUGUUGGGGAUUUUGAUUUUCUUCAACAAACCAUCGGCAACAAGUACAUUCGACGAUUCCAUCGAUGGAAAACCAAUCAGCUCUUGUAAUUCAAAUCAAUUUUUUUGUGGUUCUGGAGAAUGUAUACCUUUAAAAUGGAAAUGUGACUUUAAUCCUGAUUGUGCUGAUGGUUCUGAUGAAUUUGAUUCAUGUGGUCUUCCAACAUGCAAGUAUUCUCAGUUCCAAUGUGCAUUAUCAAAAAAAUGUAUACCACGAGAAUGGAUAUGUGAUGGUGAACUUGAUUGUGGUGCUUCUUUAAAUUCUACAGAACAAGAUGCAUCUGAUGAGGACUCAUUGCAAUGUCAAAAACCUAGUAGUUGUCCUCCAAACAUGGCAAGAUGUGGAAAUUCAACCCAAUGUAAAUAUAUUGAAUCUUUUUGUGAUGGCACUUCUCAUUGUGAAAAUAGUACUGAUGAAGGAAGAUUUUGUGAAAAUAUGGUUCCAUGCCACGGUUUAAAUUGUGCACACGGAUGUAAACCAACUGGAAAAGGUCCAGCUUGUUUUUGUCCUGAAGGAAUGCAACCUCAUAAUAAUGAAUGUAUAGAUAUGGAUGAAUGUGAAGUUUUAAAUUAUACUUGUGAUCAAAUAUGUACUAAUAAAAAAGGAUCAUUUAGUUGUAGUUGUGUUCCUGGUUAUAUUCAAACGAAUUCAACAUGUAAAGCUAUUAAUGUUCCUGAAAAUGAAGAUGCAUCAAUACUUGUUAGUACUUCUAAAGAUAUUCGAAGAAUAUACCUUAAUGGAAGUUCUUAUGCUGGCCAAAGAUGUAAUGUUCAAGCACUUUCUCUGACAUUUGAUCAUAGAAACCAUACAGUAUGUUUUGUGCAUCAAUACAAUAAAACAAAUGGAGCUAAAUUGAGUUGUGCUAAUAUUGAUAAUCUUUCCGUGUCGGACAUUUGGGAUUUACCUCCACCUACAUUUUUUCCAUUAUUAGCAACUACUCAUGUGGCAUUAGAUUGGGUAUCAAGGAACUGGUAUUAUGUUGAUGAUGAUCGAGAUAUGAUCUAUAUGUGUACUUAUAAUAUGAAAUAUUGUCAAAUUUUGAUUGAUGUUAAUUUGAAUAAACCUAGAAGUAUUGCUUUGGAUCCAACCAAAGGAUUUAUGUUUUUUACAAAAUGGGGACAAUAUCCUGCAAUGGUAGAAAGAGCUCAACUUUCAGGUCUUGAUAGAGUACCUUUGAUAGAUCACAAAAUAGUUUAUCCAUAUGGACUUACUGUAGAUAUUCCAUCAGAACAUAUUUAUUGGGUAGAUACUUACUUAGAUUUUGUCGAAAGAAUCAAUUAUGAUGGAUCUAAUCGGCGUACAAUAAAAAAAGGAUAUCCUGUUAUAAAUUUAUACGAUAUAUCUGUGUUUGAAAAUCAUAUGUAUGUAACAUCUUGGAGAUUACAAAGUGUUAUAAAACUUAAUAAAUUUAAUGGCAGUUAUUAUGAAUCGUUGAUCACAAACUUAAGUCGGCCAUUCACAAUUCAUGUAUAUCACAGACAAGAACAACCUGAAAUUAAUCACCCUUGUAUGAUCAAUAAUGGAGGUUGUGACCAUAUUUGUGUUACUGCUUAUAAAAAUAAAGAAGCUAUUGCUCAAUGUUUAUGUCAACCUGGUUAUAGACUUACUUCUGGAAAAUGCAUUUCAUCCAAAUUGCCUGCAUUUUUGAUAUUUGGAAAAAGUAGUCCACCAAUGAUUAAAGGCAUAUCCAUGAUCUCAAAAAAUCAUAAACAACAAAUUAUUUUACCAUUAGACGAAGGCAGAAUACCUACAACUAUUGAUUAUGAUGUCAAAACACAAUCAAUAUAUUAUUCAGGAGGAAAAAAAAAUGCAAUUGAACGAAUAAGAUUGAAUGGAACAAAGAAAGAAUUAGUAAAAAUGUUACCAGAAAUGAAUUGUGAAGGUUUAGCUAUUGACUGGACUGGUCGUAAUUUAUUUUGGACAGAUGAAGGUUUGGGUACAGUUAACGUGUUUAAAAUUGAUGAUCCAACUAAACAAAAAGUAUUGAUAACCAAUAGAGUUUAUCAUCCUAGAUCAAUUGUACUUGAUCCUAAAAAUGGGUUUAUGUACUGGGGAAAUUGGCCUCGAGGCUCUACCAGCACAGGUGGCAGUAUUGAGAGAGCUUGGAUGGAUGGAAAUAACCAAACAACCUUUGUUAAUGUGGAUGUUCAAUGGCCAAUGAGCUUAACCUUAGACUUUUUUACUAGAAAGUUGUACUGGUCAGAUGUUUACAAGGAUAGGAUAGAAUGUAUUGAUUUGGAUGGUAGUAACAGAGAAAUUAUUAAACGAUCAACUCCUUAUCCAUAUGGAAUUGCUAUAUAUAAUAAUUUAUUAUUUUGGACUGAAACUGCUACUACGGAAGUAUUGAUAAAAAGCUAUAAUUUAAUAAACAAAUCUCAAGAAACAUUAGGAAUUGAAAAUCCUCCACUUUAUACAUUAAAAGUGUAUAAUAGUGAAGCUCAAGUCAAAGCGUCUCCAUAUUGGUGUGAAAAAUUAGAUUUAUGUCCUGGAUUAUGUAUGUCUACUCCCAAUGGACCAGUUUGUAUGUGCAAUGAUGGUUAUGUAUUGAGAACAACUGAUGAUAAAAAAAAAGAAUGCAUCAAGUCUAGUAAUUAUUCUACACCUAAUGCCUGUGGAGAUGAUGAAUUUCAAUGUAUUAAAAAUAAACAAUGUAUAUCAAAGAAAUAUGUAUGUGAUGGAGACAAUGAUUGUGGAGAUGGUUCUGACGAAGACACUUCAGAAUAUGGCCCUUGUGGAAAACAUACUUGUCCUCAAGAAAACUUUGCAUGUAGUGAUAGUAAUAAAUGUAUAUCAAAAUUCUGGGUGUGCGAUGGUGAUAAUGAUUGUGAUGAUAAAUCUGAUGAGAGUCCUGGAUUAUGUGAAUCAUGCUUAGCUUCACAAUUUUCAUGUUCAGUUACUAAACGCUGUAUCCCUCAUUCCUGGGUUUGCGAUGGCACAUUUGAUUGUGGGGAAGGAGACACAUCAGACGAACAUCAAUAUUGUGAAACACGCACAUGUCAAGAACUUGAGUUUACAUGUACAAAUGGACAUUGUAUAUCUUAUGAAUAUGUUUGCAAUGCAGAAGAUAAUUGUGGUGAUGGUUCAGAUGAAGUAAAAUGUUCUGAUUGUGUUGGUGAAUUUCUUUGUACAAAAAACAAUACAUGCAUACCUUUAAAAAAAAAAUGUGAUGGAGUUAUUGAUUGCGAUGGAGCAACAGAUGAAUUCAAUUGUAGUAGUGGAUUGAACCAUACUAACUAUACCUGCUCAAAUGAUGAGUUUUUAUGUUUAAAUACCACUGGUUUUUGUAUUGAUAAACAUUAUGUUUGCGAUGGAUUACCUGAUUGUCCUAAUGGUAGUGAUGAAAAUAAUUGCACUACAAUUAAAAAUUGUACUCUUGAAAAUUGUCAUUCUCAUGAAAUCGAUAAUUCAUCUUCAAUAUUUUGUGCAUAUCCAAAUAUUACUUGUGACCAUAAGAGAACGUGUAUUUCUGUAGACAUGUUAUGCAAUGGUAAAAAUGAUUGUUUAGAUGGUUCAGAUGAAGGUGGACAAUGUGCUUCAAAUGAAUGUGAGUUAUCAUCUGAUUGUUCACAUAUUUGUCAAAAUAGUCCUGAUGGCUACAUAUGUUUAUGUCCUCCCAACAUGAUUCUUCAAAAUGAUAAUACAACAUGUUCAGUGGUGAGUCCUUGUAGUACUUGGGGACGUUGUUCUCAAAAAUGUAUGAAGCUUGGUCACUAUGGACAUAAAUGCACUUGCAAUGAAGGAUAUUUACUAGCCACAGAUCAUUUUACUUGUAAAAGUAUAGAUACUAAUAUACCUCAAAUAAUAUUUAGUAAUAAACACGAAUUACGAGGAAUUGACCUAGUUACAAGAAAUGUCAAAUCAUUAAUUUCUCAUUUGAAAAACACUGUUACAUUGGAUUUUUAUCAUGCUAAGGAUGGAACUGAUACCCUAUAUUGGACUGAUGUAAUGGAUGAUAAAAUAUUUAAAGGAAAAAUAAUUGGUGGAUCAUUGAGUGACAUAGAAGUAGUAGUUCAAAGUGGUCUUACUACAGCUGAAGGUCUUGCUGUUGAUUGGGUAGCUGGAAAUAUUUAUUGGGUUGAGAGUAAUUUAGAUCAAAUUGAAGUGGCUAAAUUAAAUGGAAGUUAUCGAAGGACUUUAAUUGCUGGGGACAUGGAAAGUCCUAGGGCUAUUGCAUUAGAUCCAAGAUAUGGUUAUUUAUUUUGGACAGAUUGGGAUUCAUCAGCACCCCGAAUUGAGCGAUGCAGUAUGGCUGGAGAAUUUCGCCAAACUAUUGUACUUGUAAGCAUGUUUUCUGAUGGGGAAUGGCCAAAUGGAUUAACUUUAGAUUAUGAACUAAAUCGUAUCUAUUGGAUUGAUGCCAAAUCAGAUACAAUACAUACAGUAGAUUAUAACGGCAAUAAUCAUCAUCUCGUAUUAAAGGGACAUGAGCUUCUUUCACAUUCAUUUGCUAUUACUCUCUUUGAAAAUGAUGUGUAUUGGACUGAUUGGAGAAGUAAUUCAGUGAAUAAAGCUAAUAAAUGGACUGGUUUGAAUGUUACUGUUGUGCAACAUACUGUUACCCAGCCAUUUGAUAUAAAAAUAUUGCACCCUAGCCGACAACCAAAAGUUGAAUUUAACCCUUGUGGAACAAAUAAUGGAAAUUGCUCACAUUUGUGUUUAUUGAAUAUAAAUUCUAAAUAUAAAUGUGAUUGUCCACAUGUUAUGCAAUUAUCCAAGGACAAUCAUACAUGCAUUGAAAAUGAAAUUGUUUUAUUAUUUGCACAACUUAAUGAAAUUCGAGGUGUUAAUUUAGAACAACCAUAUUAUAAUACAAUUCCAACAUUAUUGUCUUAUGAUUCACAAGCUUUGCUGCAUGUACAAAUAGAUUAUUUGGCUGCAGAUAAGAAAAUUUACUGGUCUGAUUAUUCAAGUAACGAAAUUAAAAGAUCUAACUUAUCUGGUGGCAACAUUGAAGUAAUUUUAGAUACAGGAAUUCAUCAACCACAUGGUUUUGCUAUUGAUUGGAUGUCAAAAAAUAUGUUCAUUGCAGUUAGUUCUGAUCAAAAUCCUCUUACAGAGGAAAAAAUCUCUGGUGCCAGAACUAUAAUAGCCUGUAAUCUCGAUGGAGAGUAUUUUACUACCAUAUAUUCUAGUGAUUGGACUGAUGAAGAUACAAAUAAAACUCUACAAAUAGGUGCAUUAGCUGUACAUCCACAACAAGGCAAAUUGUUUUGGACACAAGGAAUGUCAAGUGGCCAUCAUAAUAUUAUAAUGUCCAAUAUGAAUGCAUCUUCUUAUUCCAUCAUUUAUACAGAAAAAAUAAUACCUUUUGUAUCAGGUUUUACCAGCUUAACUAUUGAUCAGGAAACAAAUACACUUUAUUGGGUUAAUUCUGAUAAACAUUCUAUACAGUCUUAUAGUAUACAAGACUCCAGAAUAAAUCCUUCUUUAAAUUUACCAGAAGAAGGUUUUCCAUCAUCUAUUGCUUUAUAUAAAAAUAAUAUAUACUAUGUGGAUAACAGAUUAAUGAAUAUUCGAGUUGCAAACAAAAUUACUGGAGAUGAAAAUUCAAAUUUUCGCAACAUAACUGCAGAUGUGUAUGCAUUGAGUCUGUAUGAUCAAUCUUUACAAAUGGGUAUUAACUAUUGUUCAAAAAAUAGAGGAAUGUGCUCUCAUCUUUGCUUACCUACUUCUGCUGAUCAUUGGGUUUGCCGUUGUGCUAUUGGAUAUACAAUUGAUCCAAAAGAUAAGAAAAAAUGUAUUGGUGUCAGUGAAUUUUUACUAUUCACUGUGGAGUCUGAAAUCAAAGGCAUAUCUUUAGUAAAAAAUGAUUCAAGACAAGUUCUAAGUCCAUUAUCUAAAACAUCAAUGGCAUAUAGCAUAGAUUUUCAUGGAGAAUAUAUAUACUGGUCAGACGAUGAGCAAGGAACUAUCAUGAGAAUAAAACGUGAUGGAACUGGUCGGCAAAUAAUUGUAAAUCAUGAACAUUCUAGUGAUACAAAUUCAGGUGCUUGGGUAUCAGGAAUUGCUAUUGAUUGGAUCGCUGGUCAUAUUUAUUGGGCAAAUCCGUCUUUAAAUAUUAUUCAAGUGGCUUAUCUUAAUGGAUCUAAUGCUUAUGUGGUGGUAGAUAGUGGAGACGACACCAUGGAGAGGCCUAAUUCUUUGGCUGUGGAUCCUGUUGCUGGUUUUAUAUUUUGGAGUAUUAGACGUCAUCAUGGAGUCUCAAGAGCAACUUUAGAUGGAAUGAAUAAAAAGAGUAUUUUACUCAAUAAAGAUCAACCAUAUGUCGAAGAUAUCACAUUGGAUUACACGAUAGUAACCCCUGCUAGUGUUGUUGUACAUAAUGGUUAUAUUUAUUGGCUUGGAAUUAUGCAAGUACAAGGGUCAUCAUCGAUAAUGGUUUCACCUAUUAAUAAUUUAUCUGCAUCCGAGGAAUUAACACGAGAAUUUGGAGAACAUCCAAAAGAUGUUCAAAUAUUUUCAAAAAGUCGUCAUCAAGGAUCUAAUAUUUGUUCUAAACAUAAUGGAGGAUGUCAAGAACUAUGUUUAUUUAAUGGGACUCAUGGGGUUUGUGCUUGUACACACGGUAUUGUUGGAUCUGAUGGGAAGAAAUGUGAAGAUUAUACUACAUUUCUUAUGUAUUCUCGAAUGGAUAAAAUUGAUAGUGUUUCUAUAUCUGAAAAUCCAAAUUUGAAGACACCAUUUAGAGUCAUGGAAUCAAAAACUUUUAUGCAGAAUAUAAUUGCAUUGUCAUAUGAUUAUGCACGUUCUUUAUUAUUUUACUCAGAUAUUCAACGUGGAACUAUUGAUGCUAUUCAUUUUAAUAAUACAGGCCAUAGAGUAAUUGCAGAAAAUCAAGGGUCUGUAGAAGGUAUUGAUUAUGAAAUGAGUGAAAAUAUAUUGUACUGGACAAACGAUCGUGCAUCUAUAAGUCGAUUAAAUCUAAGCCAACCAGAUGCUGUUCCUGAAAUAGUUUUAAAAUUAGGAGAAUCAGAUCGACCACGUGGCAUAGCAAUUGAUAUCUGUGAGAUACUGAUAUUUUGGACCAAUUGGAAUAAUUUAAAACCCAGCAUUCAAAAAUCUUAUGUUAAUGGAUUUAUGCUACAGUCAAUUAUAACAACUGAUAUUCAGAUUCCUAAUGCUCUUACAAUAGAUCAUACAACUCAUAAACUAUAUUGGGGUGAUGCAAAGUUGGAUAAAAUUGAGCGAUGUGAAUAUGAUGGAACAAACCGCGUGGUACUUGCUGAGAUGUAUCCACAACAUCCAUUUGACAUUGCUGUUUAUGGUGAUUAUUUUUUUUGGACUGAUUGGAUGUUAAAUGCAGUUUUACGAGCUGACAAAUACACCGGUGAAAAUAUUGCAUGGAUAAGAAAAGAUGUCUUACGACCUAUGGGAAUAGUCGCAGUUGCUGAAAAUAUUAGUGAUUGUAAUAGAAACCCAUGCAGAUUACUCAAUGGACGGUGUGAAGAUAUAUGCAGUUUGGAUAUUAAAGGUGCUGUAGAAUGUUCUUGUUUUAACAACCGUACACUCCUACCUGAUAAACAUAGAUGUGUUGAAAACAAAUUAAAAAAUAAUUGUUCAAAUAAUGAAUUUUGGUGUUCGUCUAAUGAAUGUAUACCUUUUGAAAACACUUGUGAUGGUAUAAACCAUUGUCUUGAUGAAUCUGAUGAAGACUUAAAAUAUUGUGUCACAAGGUCUUGUCCAGAAGGAUUUUUCUCGUGCCCAGAUUUCAAGCAAUGUCGUCCAAAUAGCAAAAAAUGUGAUGGCAUUUUUGAUUGCUUGGAUGGUUUUGACGAAAUAGAAUGUUCUUGUAAAAAUGCUUCUUUUUUCCGUUGUAAGUCUGGUGAAUGUAUAGCUCCCAAUUUACGUUGUGAUCUAGAUCCUGACUGCAGUGACGCAAGUGAUGAAAUUGGUUGUGAUAUCAAGAUUUGUGAAGAUUUAAUAUUUAAUGCUACAAUAAUAAGCUGUAAUACAACUACUGCUUGUAUCCAUCCAAAUUGGAUUUGUGAUGGUCAAAACGAUUGUUGGGAUAACAGCGAUGAACAAAAUUGCUCAUCAAUCAAACAUCUAGCUACUGAAAAAAAUAAUUGCUCAUCUGCUGAUUUUAAAUGUUCAAAUGGUAAAUGUAUUUCUAAAUCAUGGAAAUGUGAUGGUGAUGAUGAUUGUGGCGAUUCAUUAAAUACCUCAUUGCCUUCAUCAGAUGAGAUGAAUUGCCCUAUUAAAUGUAAAUCAACUGAAUUUCAUUGCAAGACCAAAUUUGGAACUUACGAGUGUUUACCAGCAUCAUGGCAAUGUGAUGGAUCUCCGGAUUGCUUGGAUGGUUCUGAUGAACCAAUAAAUUGCUUGAGUAGAAAAUUUUCAAGUAGUGAUUUUCAUUGUAAUCAAACUGGGCGAUGUAUACCAUCUACCUGGGUAUGUGACAAGGAUGAUGAUUGUGGUGAUAGUUCUGAUGAGAAUGAAGAAAUAUGUGUAGUAAACAAUUCAACUUGUCCUAUAACUAAGUUUGAAUGCGUUAAUAAAAAAUGCAUUUUUGAGGCAUAUUAUUGUGAUGGUCAUGAUGACUGCGGGGACAAUUCAGAUGAACCUGAAAACUGUAAGGUAUGUGAUUCUGUUAAAGAAUUUAUGUGUGAAAAUGGUGCUUGCAUCUUACUAACUGACGUAUGCAAUGGUAAAAAUGAUUGUGGUGACAAUUCUGAUGAGAAUUUUCACACUGAAGUGUGUAAACAUUAUAAAAAUGAAAGUUGUUCAUGGCCUGAUAAUUUCUUUUGCCAUAAUAAAAUAUGUAUCAAUGCAAAUCUUACCUGUAAUGGACAAGAUGACUGUGGAGAUUUUAGUGAUGAAGACAAGUGUAAUAUUAAUGAAUGUGCACUAGAAUCUAUUACUCAAAUCUUUCGUCCUUGUGAGCAUAUAUGCAUAGAUCGUCCUGUUGGCUAUGAAUGUAAAUGCCAUCCUGGCUAUAAGUCUGUGGGUACCUUAUGCCACGACAUUAACGAAUGCAAUUCUACUGAAAUAACAAAACCUUGUAACCAAAUAUGUCACAACACCAUAGGGUCUUAUAAAUGUGACUGUACUGCAGGUUAUACAUUAUUACGAGAUGGUUUUUCAUGCAAAGCUUCAACAAUUGAGAAGCCAAUGCUUAUUUUUGCUAAUAAACACAAUAUAAAACAAAUUGAUUUGCGAGGAAUGGCAAUUGAAAUUGUAGUGGACAAUUUAACUAAUGCUGUUGCGGUUGAUUAUGAUUAUGCUGAUAGUUGUUUCUAUUGGUCUGACAUAUCCAAUCAAGGUAGCACAAUUAAACGAAAAUGCAAAGACACGGCUUCUGAGAGAUUACAUGGCCCACUGAUAAAAAGUUCUGAUGGUAUUGCGGUGGACUGGGUUGCUAAAAACUUAUACUGGUGUGACAAGGGUAAAGACACAAUCGAAGUGUCUAAGUUAAAUGGUCAGUUUAGAAAAGUAUUGAUAAGUAAAAGCUUACAAGAACGUAGGGCCAUCAGUUUAGAUCCUAUUCGAGGAUAUAUGUAUUGGACUGAUUGGGGGGACGUGCCUUAUAUUGGUAAGGCUGGAAUGGAUGGUAGCGAACCUAAAGCUAUUUUAAAUGAAUCUCUUGGUUGGCCAAAUGCCUUAGUAAUAAGCUUAGCUACAGAAGAACUUUUUUGGGCUGAUGCAAAAGAGGACUAUAUAGCUUAUUCUGACUUAAAUGGAAACAAUAGACAUUUCAUUAUGAGCAGAAAAAUUGACCCUUAUGUUAAUAUACACCAUGUGUUUGCUAUCACUUUAUUUGAGAACUUUGUUUAUUGGUCUGAUUGGGAAACAAAAAGCAUUCAUAAAUGUCAUAUAUAUUCAGGCCAAGAAUGUCGAAAUGUUACAUCACUUGCUUACAGACCAAUGGAUAUUAAAGUUGUGCAUCCUCUUUUACAACCAUCAAGAGCAUACAACCCCUGUGAAAAAAAUAACGGUGGAUGCAAAGGUUUGUGUCUUUUAUCACCAAAUUUGGGUAGAACAUGUGCAUGUCCUCAAGAUUUUAUUCUUGCACCAGACAAUAUGAAUUGUAUUGCAAAUUGUUCUUCAUCCCAUUUUGUGUGUGCAAAUACAUUUAAAUGCAUACCCUUCUGGUGGCAUUGCGAUAAACAUGAUGACUGUGGUGAUGGUUCUGAUGAGCCUGACACUUGUUUAGACUUUCUGUGUACUCCUGGACAGUUCCAAUGUAAAAAUCAUCAGUGUAUACAGCCUUCACAAAUAUGUAAUGGCAUAUUUGAUUGUAAAGACAAUUCUGAUGAAGAAAACUGUGGAAAUUAUACAUGUCUUGAUACGGACUUUAAAUGUCAACAUGGCUCUAAAUUCAGCAAAUUACCAAUGCCAACUUGUAUAUCGAAUCAGCUGAAAUGCAAUGGUCGCAAUGAUUGUUUGGAUGGCGAAGAUGAAAAAGAUUGUAAAUCGAAAACAUGUGGUGCAAAGGAGUUCAAAUGCGAGAUUACAGGGAAGUGUAUUCCAAAUGUGUUUAUGUGUGAUGGUGAAUAUGAUUGUGGUUUUGGUGAUAAUUCUGAUGAACCAGAAAAUUGUACUUCAAGAUCAUGUUCAUCAGAUGAAGUGCGUUGUAAAAAUGGUCGAUGUAUCCAUUCAACAUGGAUGUGUGAUGGUGAAAAUGAUUGUCCUGAUAUGGACGAUGAACCACCUUCAUGUUAUAACAUCACGUGUGAUCCAACAUACUUUAAGUGUGCUAAUGGAAAGUGUAUUCCAGGUCGUUGGCGAUGUGAUAAUGAAAAUGACUGUGGUGAUAAAUCUGAUGAAAUUGGCUGCUCACCAAGAAAUUGUUCAGAACAUGAAUUUCGAUGCUCUGAUGGUCGAUGUAUAUUAACUAGUCAAAAAUGUGAUGGAAAAAUUAACUGUUCAGAUAAUAGUGAUGAGGAUGAUUGUGAUUCACAUGUUACUUGUGGAAGUGAUGACUUUCACUGUAAUGGGUCCUAUCAUUGUAUUUCACCAACAUGGAGGUGUGAUGGAGAUCAAGACUGUCCUGAUGGUUCUGAUGAGUGGAAUUGUACAGAUAAACUUGGAAAAGGAUGUUCAAUUAGUCGUAAUGGCCAAUUUGUAUGUAAAAAUGGUGAUUGUAUAUCACUUGGAAAUAGAUGUGAUGGCGAAGAAGAUUGUGCUGAUGGCAGUGAUGAAAACCGAACUAUGUGUGCAUUAGUGGCUUGUCCACCUGGAAAAUACCGAUGUGACAAUCAUAAUUGCGUUUUUAAUACAAAUGUCUGUGAUGGUUUGGAUCAUUGUGGUGAUGGCUCUGAUGAAAAUAAAGUGGCAUGUGCCAGUGCUAGUGAAAUAUGCGAUUCAAGUAAAUUUAGAUGUGCAAAUGGUCUAUGUAUAAACCGACAUCUUCGAUGCAAUGGGUUUUUUGACUGUCCCGAUAAUUCAGAUGAACAGCUAUGUAAUGUGACUAAAACAUCAUGUCAAUUUGGGACAUGUUCUCAGAUUUGCGUACCUAAAAAAAACUCCACUCAUUCUUGCCAUUGUGCCUCUGGUUAUAGCAUAACUCUUCCUAAUAAAUCAUGUCAGGCUAUUGGUACUCCAGCAUUAUUAGUUGUGGCUAACAAUGAAGGAGAUAUUUUCUUUGUUGAUCCAUACAAAUCCCAUGAAAACUUAUUUAAAUAUUCUGCUGUUACAAUACCAUCUCAUAAAAUACAUUCAAUUGAUAUAUUGUGGACGAUAAAUGCAACAUAUCUGUUUUGGAGUGAUCAUAACUCUAAAGCCUUAUAUUCUACAAUUAUUGAUAAAUCAAAUCGAACUACCCGUGAUGUAAAUACUGCUAAAAAAAUUAUUCAAACUAUAGGCACCCCUGAAAGUAUUGCUGUGGAUUGGGUUGCAAACAAUUUGUAUUGGAUUGAAACUUCUGACAGAACCAAAGUUAUUAAAGUAGCUACUCUGGAUGGAAAAAAUAUUAGAACUUUGGUAAAACUUGAAACAGAUCGUAAACCACAAAAUAUCGUAUUAGAUCCUCAGUCUGGGACAAUGUAUUGGACAGAUUUGGGUCGUAAACCACGCAUUGAAACAUGUUCAAUGGAUGGUUACAAUAGACGAACAUUUAUUAGUGAGUCUGUUCGUAGUCCUGCAGGUAUCACAAUUGAUUAUGCUGCUCGUCGUUUGUAUUGGUCAGACACCAAGCCUUAUACUAUAGAAUCUGUUCUAUUAGAUGGAAAAGGACGCAAAGUUAUACAUAAAUUUCCCAAAGGUAAACAUCCAACUAAUAUUGAGUUAUUUGAGGAUUCAAUUUAUGUAUCACUUAUGACAACGAUUGUAAAAAUUGACAAGUUUGAAAAUAAGAAUAUAACUACCUUAUCGAAAAAUAUCUUUAGGGCUACAGAUUUAGUUAUUAUGCAAGAGAAUAAACAUCCAAAAGACUUGAAUAACUUUUGUCUUAUAAAUCCAUGUCAUCAUACUGCAUUGUGUACUUUGAGUAUGAAUCCCAAAAAUAGAACUUGUAUGUGUGCAGAUGACCAAGUAGAAGUUCCUACAUUGACGGACGACAUUAAAUGUGUAGAUAAGCAAACUCCUCCUUUAAUUUGUGAUCCAUCAUGCGAUAUGGGAGAAUGUGUAUUAAACGUGACAUCAGAAUUGGGUUAUUGUAAAUGUAAUCCAUUUUUUGGUGGAGAGACAUGUAAUGAGUACGAAUGUCAUAAAUAUUGUCACAAUAAAGCCUCCUGUUAUGUAUUCCAUGAAGACAUACUCGAAGAAUCCAAACUCAAGGUACUUGUCUAUGUUCUAUUUAUUGGACCGGUGAUAGAUGUGAUAUUCCUGUACCUCCAAAAGUGUUGUCCAAAAGGAGGGAAUUGCUUGAAUGGUGGAAUUUGUAUUGACAAUAUUUGUGACUGUAUGCCAGGCUUUACAGGUGAAUUUUGUGAAAAAUGUGUGAACGUUGAUUGUAAAAAUGGAGGAGUAUGUGUCUUAACUGAUUCUGGCCAUGGUGAAUGUAAGUGCCCUGCUGGAUAUAUGGGCCCCACAUGCACUAAAUCAGAUUGUGAUAACUACUGUAUUAAGGGAACUUGCUUUUUAGAUUCCAAUGGUCCUAUUUGCAAAUGCCAUGAAGGAUAUACUGGACCACAUUGUGAAUUUGAUAAAUGUGACAACAAUAAUUGUUUAAAUGGCGGAUCUUGUUAUAUCAAAGACAAUAUAACGGCUUGUUUAUGUUUACCACAAUUCAAAGGUCCGUCUUGUCGUAUAGAUAUUUGUAACUGUACAUGUGAUAAAAAUGAUCACGAGUGUCACAUAUAUUGCCCUCCUAAUCGGAAAUAUCCUUUAUGUGAUCAAAUUAAUUCUACCACAAAUUUGUGUCAUCCAGAAAUGUGCAAAAAUGGUGGUACUUGUAUCAUUGUUGAUGGACUACCCGCCUGCAGGUGUGUUGGCCUUUGGGGUUCAUCUGACUGCAGUAAUAUAAUUGUAGAUUCUGGAUCUUGUUUGGGUUAUUGCUAUAAUAAUGGUACAUGUUACAUGGAAUCAAAUUCUGGUGUAAAUGAACCUAAUUGUAAGUGUAGUUCAGGAUGGACUGGAUCACGGUGCGCUGAUCGGUUCACUUGUGCAAAUUAUUGUAUAAAUGGUGGCACAUGUAUAGAGCCUGAAGAAUCUAUUGGGAGCUUAUCAUGCCAUUGUCAAAAAGGUUAUAUUGGCGACAGAUGCCAAACCCAAUUAAUAGAUGAAUAUAUGUCUUCAGAACAUCAAAAUAAACACAGUAUAAAUGCUUUGUGGGUAAUAUUCUUAAUUAUUGUACUGUCAAUUGUCAUUACUGCUACUACAUAUUAUUUCACCAAGCUUAGAAGAAGAGGUCGUUCAUUUUCACAUGUAAGAAUGCAAGAAAAUUCAGAAGUCAAUAAUCCAAUGUACAUUCAAGAUGAUAUAGAUGAUGAAGAUGUUCAUCUGGAUCGUUCUUUUCCAUUACAAGAAAAACCUAGUGGACAUUUUGGAAACCCAGUAUACGACUCUGUGUACAGUGCUAGUAGUAGUGCAUCAGUUACUGGCAGUGAAGAAAGCAAAGGUCUUUUACAGAGCACUAAUUUGACAAAUCAAAUAUUGACACCAGAAAAUAGCCACGAUGAAACAUAAUUAAAAGUAAAUAACAUACUAACGAUAAACUCAUUAAAGGAUUUUUUUACUAGUAUUAUAGUUUGUUUGAUUAAUUUAUAUAAAACAAAUAAUUAAGGAAUUUCAAUAUUAAUUGCUUGGUUUCUCCCCUUACUCAUAAGCAGCUAAUUGUAGAUUAUGAUUUUUUUUUUUGUAUAGCUAUUCAUUAUCAUUAAUACUAGUUCCUAUUUCUGUAUGAAAAAAAAUAACAGUACAACAAUAUUUUUCAUUAGAGUUGUAACUUAUUAAUAAGUAUAACCUAUUUAUGGUAAAAUUUGUCUAUAUUAGUAAAUCCAUAAUGUAGCGGGAUACAAAAUUAUAUUUGAUAAUGACAGUUGAUGAAUUUAAUAUGAGGUAUUGAAAAUUGUUUUUUUUUUAUUAUUAAAAUUAUCCCAUACAUUUAUUUGUACAAUAUACCAUGUGCAAAUCAGAUUUUGUUUUCGAAAGAUUUCGCUGAAAUCUGACAAUGUAGAACUCUAGUUUUUUAAUUUGUUUAGUAGUUAUUUAGAUUUAAGGUUUUUUGUUUUUUAUACUAAGUACAGAUGUUUUCCUUGUUAUAUGCAAGUUUAAACUUGUUUUUUUUUUUUAACUCAAUCUGGUUUUAAACAUUCAAAUAAUGUUUAAUUUAUAAAUGGACCAGUCAA